AUGGAAUUUGCUAGAAUUCUUAAAAUGGUUUUUUAUAAAAUAUUGUUAAGAUAUGUACCAAUGAUAACUUUCCCAGUAGCUUUUGUUGCUGGUAUUAUUGGUUACAAUGUAGAACGUACAAUAUCUAACUUAGAAAUGCCAUCAAAACCCAGUAUUUUAGAAGAAAAACUCAAAAGAACAGAUGAUCAGAAAAUUUUUUACCAAGAACCUCCGGUUUUAGAGAGAAAUCUUUCACCAACAUUAAAAAAAAACCAUUAAUGUAGUCAUAUAAAAAUAUGUUUAGAAUUAUUACAUUUUUUUUUUUUUUUUGAAUAAAUUGUGUAUUAAAAAUUAAGUUUAAUUAUUUAUAUUUCAAUCAUACAACAUACAGUCUAUAUGUAAAGGACAUAUAUGUAAUGGGAUAUAUAUAAGAUACUAGAAACAUAAUACAUUAAAAAUGCAAUCCAAAA